AAUGUGUGUCCGAGCCUCACAACAAUUCGGCUGGAAUGUGGCGACCAGGAACAAUGAGGCGCUGUGGUUUUCCUCCUCAGGGUUUGUGUACCGGUGGGGUACAAACAGGUUUCGUUCCUGCUCACUGUCUCUUCCAUCACUCCCUUCAACAUCCUUCAUGGCCGACUCAAGAGCUGGUGCUAGAAUCCACCUUGACGCCGAAUUCGGAACUCGGUCGGAUGCUCCAGACGACCAUGCGCAGAGUUCUUCUCCAACUUCGGCACAACCACCUUCAUCAUACAGCAAAGGCACCAGCAAGAGAGCUGUAAGAUCGACUCGAACGCCGAUAGGUGUACGGGAUGGUGAGGCCCAACGAUCUCAGACAGUUCCCCUCCCCAGCGGGAGUACUAGCGCUGGUGCUCAAUCUCGUCGUGGAGUACGACCACCAGCCUUGACAUCCACCAUGCCCCUCCCCGACACCAGACAGAGGAAGACCUCAUCCCACGCGAAUGAGCCAUACAAUCCUCAAGGCCCCUACUCGGACUACAUUGUGGAACCACUUCCGUCGCCCUCCGCCGAGCAACAAAACCGUGAACAUGACGACAACCCGUACCUGGCGUUCCCCCCUCCCAUGCCCGUCCCGAUUACCGACGUCAGGCACAGUACGUCGUCUUUCCAGACUGAGCCAAGUUCAUACUAUUCCCUGGAAGACAACUGGUCGUCCGUGGGUGGGCCUCCACCUCCCAUGCCGAGGCCUAGUACCAACAAAACGGAGGACGCAGAGCCCGAUAUGACUGUGCCUGGUUUCCGGAGGACAUCCCCAAUUCCUUCAAUGCCCGUACCUGACAUGCCGCCUCCAUCGAUGCCCGUUCCAUCGAUUCCUGUAGGAGCCAACUUGGGUCAGCGAGAGUCAAGGGAAAUUGACCCCCAUGGUACAAUCCGUAUGCCCCAAGCUCCUCCCCAACUAUACCCACCUCCCAGUCCUCGGAGGCAACGCUUGUCUGGAACACCGCCUAUUCCUCCAACUCCCACGAGUCCACCGCCUCAGCCUCCAAUCCCAACGCCUGAGCUACGAAGACCAGGUGCAGUCCACCCUCAUCAUCAGUCAACUGCUCAGCCUUCUGGGUCCAAUCAGGCAGGAAACGGCCAAGGUCCACCGAAGCCCAUCAAACUUCCCCCAACUGCCCCGCUGAAAAUACACCACCAUCCUCCAAGACCCAUAUCAACCGCGACCUCGUCCAGCGGUGGUGGACCAGCAGGCACUGUUACGAUCUUUCCUCAACCAGGUUCUGGACGCGUUUCCACUGUACACGCGCAACCAAGUGGGAGCCGAAUAGAUCAACCAGGUCCAACGAAAGUUGGAGGAACGUCCCAUAUUCCAGCGACGGGAUCCUUGGCCCACCGCCCUGAAGGCCGACCAACACCAGCAUCCUCGCCAGCGCCUCAACCUCAGAAGACAUUUCCCGUGUCCCAUGCGUCCCAGAAGCCCACCUCUAUCUAUAGUCAAGCCAAUACCCAUCGACUCGACUCGAGCCAGUCCCCUGCCCAAUCUGGGCAAGGAAGACCCACGCACAUUGCGCAUAUAUCUACGGCACCAGCCUCUAGCGCAUCGCAGAAGCCUGCAGAACCCCAAACCCAAUCGUCCGCGAUGCCCCGCCCUCCCACAGUACACAGCCAAGGUUCGACAGCUCAGCGUCCAUCGACAGACCAUAGCCAGGCAUCUGCGGCUCAGCGCCCGUCGACGGCCCAUACGGAGGGGUCCUUCGGGCGCCCGCAAGCAACACCAAUCCCCAGCUCUUCGAAACCCGCCCCAAGCGCGCCGAAGCCAACCGCUUCCUCCUCCGCCGGGGCGAAGGAGAAGGAGAAGGACCACUAUAAGGACAGUCAUGCAGCCACUGCGCCGGUACCAACGCGCCCACACCUCCGGGGCGACCCCAGCCAGAUGGACACGCAAUAUGUUAACAUGCUGCUCGCGCUGGACGACAUACCUUUGAUGCAUAACUUGUUGGCGGCGUUCUUCAGCUGGAUUUUGCUCGCUGGCUUCAUCUUGUUCCCGGGUACCUUCACGAGCUUGCAGAAUCUGAGCGCGUCAAAUGGUGGUCAAGUCCCAGCAGAAUUGAUUAAUGCAGUAACGAAUAUACCUUGGUAUGUUAUUGCAUGGGUCUGUUGUGCUGUCGGGGCGUCUGGGAUGCUCUGGUUAUGGUGGAGAUGGAGGAAGAAUUACCUUUGGGCACUGAACAAGGUCUUUUGCCCUGGCCUCCUCAACUGCCUCGCAGGUUUGCUCUCCACCGUCGUCAACAUCUUCGGCGUCCAGCAUGGAGAGCUCGGCACAACGAGCACGUCGACUUUGAUCGUCACCACGGUUUCGACUGGCGUUUUCCUAAUUCUGGCAGGAUUCUAUAGCCUCUGGCUUGUGAGGAGAGUCAAGGCGCGGCACGACCGGGAGGUUGGGAAAGAGAGGGCUGGAAAGUACGGGGAGGGUGUGGUGGACUUGUCGAAGAGAAAACUGCGCGCGUA